AUGGCUGACACCACAAAAGUUAUUGUCCCGCCAGAGGACGACGUGGAUCUUUAUGCGGAUAACGCAAUAGCAUUGCGCAAUUUCUUCGACAAGCAGAACGAACACUGCAUAUGCGAUUCUGGCGACAUUGUGCUGGUCGUCAAUGAUGGCUUCCACCCGAUUCAGAAGCUUCGAGUGUCUUCCCAUGUGCUCGCAAUGAGCUCCAGGGUCUUCGAGGUCCUCUUCUCGGGACGAUUCGCUGAAAGUCUGGCGGCGAAGGAUCGUUCUUCCAGUGAGCCACACGAAGUUGAAAUACAAGAUGCGCCGGUACCGAUGAGGCAGCUAUGUCGACUACUGCAUCAUCAAGAAAUUUUUGCGACAGGAGACAAGUCCGCGAAAGCCCUGCUUGAUCUGGCUAUCGUGAUUGACAAGUACGAUUGCUGUUUGACACUCCACUUGCAAGCUGACGCGCUGCUCCAACACGCUACAGACUCCCAUUUUGACGAGGCCAUAAGUCACGCCCAAGAGUCCUACGGGCUCCAACGUCUCGUCACAGCAGCAUACAUGCUGGAUCGGCCCUUACACUUCCGUCGUCUCUCGAGCCAGUUGGUGCUGCAGACCACAAUGAUACAGGCGAAAAGUUUCGAGGCCAGAUGCCUGGAUAUACUGCCAGAGAGCUUUGUGGGCUCGCUUUUUAAUCAACAGAAUGUGGCGCAACAGGAACUGUCCAGGCAGGUCGCGAGACUAGUCAUGGAGUUCAAGGAGGCUGCAAGAGCAGCAUCGCGUGAGUCACUCGUCGUGGAUUUUCUGGACAAUCUUGGAAGAGCGUCUGGCCUGUGGCUCCCGGAUACAAAGCGUCCGCUCUCUUCGCAACUCGAUGGUCUGAGGGAGACCGAGCUUCCAGUGGUCCCUCUCCCAGAUGGUGCUGAGAUGUCGAACCCCAACAGAAGUGGAAAUGAAUAUCCGAGCUUAAUGGCUGCCGGAGGCUGGCUCACUUUUGACCAUAAGCAGCUCAGGGGACCAACCGAGAAAUCACUCAGGGAACGUGCAGCAUCCGUCCGUGAAAUAUGUGUCGGAGUUUGUUUGGACUGCAUCAAGCAUCGCGAGUGCCGCAAGAGCCAUCGUCACUUGUGGAAGUACUCAGAGUCUGAUUCAUGUUUUCCCUAUGGAUCUCAUCCCGAUGCAGAGAGCACCUGCAUUGGAGGAAGGCCGGAUUUCGUUCACUCUAUCGAAUAUCCGGGCUACUGGGAGAAGUGUUGGUAG